CGUCUUGUCAAUAGGCUAUAUUAUAUUAUUAAUCCACCCAGACCCGGCUCCAGGCUCCUCCCCCGCUCCUUAAAGGCCGGCUCUACGCGUCGGGGAGCCGCAGUCGCAGGCAGCGGUGUCCGAGGAGCUGUAGGCUGGACUUAUGAUCCUGACAGCCCGCAAGCCAACAUCUGAGCGUUCCUCUCUCAGCCCCCCCUCUCCAUCCUGAAGCUCAGCUAUGAAGACCAUCCUCGCUGCGUACUCUGGCGCCCUCAAAGGCACUGGCUCCAGCAUCCUCUCUGCCCUGCAGGACCUGUCCGUGGCUUUUUGGCCCUGCAGAUCCAAGAUGGAAAAACAUCUGCAGGUCAUCUCUGUGCUGCAGUGGGUCCUCACCUUCAUAGCCUUGGGUGCUGCCUGCACUGUGCUGCUUAUCUACAUGUUCUGCACUGACUGCUGGCUGAUUGCUGCCAUGUACACCGCCUGGCUCAUCAUGGACUGGAACACCCCAAAACAAGGUGGCAGGAGGUCCUCUUGGGUGAGGAACUGGACCGUGUGGACAUAUUUCCGGGACUACUUCCCAGUCAGGCUCAUUAAAACCCACAACCUGCUGCCCAACCGGAACUACAUCUUUGGCUACCAUCCCCACGGGAUUUUCUGCUUUGGUGCUUUCUGCAAUUUUGGGACCGAGGCUACAGGCUUCUCUAAGAAAUUCCCGGGCAUCAAGCCCUCCCUGGCCACCCUGGCAGGAAACUUCCGCAUGCCUGUGCUGCGAGACUACCUGAUGUCUGGAGGUAUCUGUCCAGUGAACAAGAACUCCAUUGACUACCUGCUGUCUCGUAACGGGACAGGGAACGCCGUGGUCAUCGUUGUUGGAGGAGCAGCGGAGUCUCUGCAGUGUGCACCGGGCGUUAACUCCGUCACCCUGAAGAACCGCAAAGGCUUUGUGAGGCUGGCCCUGCAGAAAGGGUCCGACCUGGUUCCCGUGUAUUCCUUCGGAGAGAACGAUGUCUACAAGCAGGUGAUCUUCGAGGAGGGGACCUACUGGAGAUAUCUUCAAAAAAAAUUGCAGAAGAUCUUAGGCUUUGCCCCGUGCCUCUUCCAUGGAUGUGGCCUGUUCUUUGGUGACUCCUGUGGCAUCGUGCCUUAUGGCAAGCCUAUCACCACCAUAGUUGGGGAGCCAAUCACAGUGCCAAAAAUUGAGGAUCCAACUGACGAGAUGGUGGAUCUGUACCAUACAAUGUACAUCAAGUCUCUCCAGUGCCUUUUUGACAAGUACAAGACCCGCUCUGGCCUGAAAGAGAGCGACGUCCUGUACAUCCAGUGAAAAGGAUGGGGUCUAUGUUGAAUGUCUGAACUGUGACAGCACCUUUCAAGCCCCUCCUGCACAUUUCCCCAACCCAUCCCCAUCCUAUCUUGGUGCCUGUUUUUUUAUAUCUCUGGACUGCAAAUUACACGUUUGCUAAAGAAACCUUUGCUCUCUGCGUGGAUUCACACAAAUAGGAAUGCUUGCUUCUCAGGAAAUGGCAGGUUGGAAGGACAGUCACCUCUCUUUGCUGCUGUUAUCAGGUUAAGCAUCUUGGUUGGACAUCAAAUCCCACAUCAAAAAGCGUGCCAAUGUUUCUAUUAUCAUGCUCAAUAAAGGCAUCAUGUGUGGGCUGUCUUAUCACUGCAGAGGGGGCGGAGUUCCACUAGAUGGAGCUAGAGUCACACGCAGGACUUGAGAGAAGUGCCAAUGCUUUUGCUGAGUUGCACUCAUGCAGCCAUAUAAUUCUCCCUCUGCUCUUUCAGAUCCUGUUAUAUGCUAAAUGCACAACCAAUGCAAAUGGAAGAUACCACUUUAUUAUUGGGAUCAUAAACCCACAUUUUAAUUGAGCCAAAGACCUCUGCUGUCCCCACACAGGAAUGUACUUCAUAUGUAUGAAAGCCACCCGGUGAAGGAGUUCUGCAGGGUGGAUUUAUAUUGUGAGUGCACAGUACAUGCGUGAUUCUAUAAUGCCAUGAAGUAUUAAUUGUAUUCUGUGGAGUGGAAGAAACUUUAGAGUUUGUCCCUCAAUGGAUAUUUCUGAUGCACUUUUUGUAUUGCUGAUUACCUUCUGAGGUUUUUGUGCCUUUUGAUAUGAUAUUCUUCCAAGACAGUCAACAUGCUGGCUUGAUUUCCCUUUUUUGUCCCACUGUUGUCCAGGUCUGGAUGGGUUUGUUUUGUAUAUGCAACAAAAAACUCAUGUUGCAUAUCCAAAGGAAGGGAUUGUUGGUUAAAAUCCUGCAUGUUAGAUGAUUCCACUGUACAGCGAAUCUCUUUGUAACCGUGCCAUGGGUGAUAAUUGAAAAGAAGGGGAUUAAAAGAGUGUUAAUACAAGCAUUAUGAUAUGUUAGAGGGUGUCACUAAUACUUUUUUUUAAAUAAGAGUAUGUAAGAAAAUAAUAUAUAUCCUGGAAAUUAUCAAAGUAAGUAAGCUUGUGUCAUGUUGUACACAAAGAUGAGCAAUACAUGCUAAGAUUGUGAUUUGAAGAGAAGCUUAUUCUGGUUUCACCAUUGUGCCUUCUUAUAAAGAGCAGUGUAAUCAAUGUGCAGGAAAAUUGCAAAAAAUAAACAGGCCUGUCAAUAUGAUGAAUGGCAUCAUUUGUCUGCUGAUAUUUAAAUUAAACUUUUGUAUGUUUUCAGAAGAA